UAUUUGACCUUAUAUUGUUACUUUGUGUGAGUCAGUGUCUUCUAUCUGUCAUCUCUAACAAAACAUCAACUUUGUUAUCUCUAAAUUUUUUAAUUUUCUUACCUAAUUUUAAUUUUCCUGACGGAAAUCAUGAUUCGUGUUUCAAGCGUACUUACGUCUGCAACUAAAAAUCUUAACAAAUUUUUAAUUAGCGGAUCUGUAAGAUGCCUUGCAACGCAAUCGGUGCCAAAGGCUGUGAAAAGCGACAAGGCAGAAGCGUCAAAAAAAGAAUCUCAAUCCUUCACGAUGAAUUUAUUUCGAGGUCAAUUACAAACAUCGCAAGUAUUUCCCUAUCCGGAACCACUGACUGAAGAUCAAGUUGAAACAUUGAAAAUGUUUAUCGAUCCCGUUGAAAAAUUUUUCGAGGAGGUCAAUGACCCUGUUGCUAAUGAUAAUAAUUCAUCGAUUGAUGAAAAAACAAUGAAAGCUCUUUGGGAAAUUGGAGCUUUUGGUCUUCAGGUGCCACAGGAAUUUAAUGGACUUGCUCUCAAUAAUACUCAAUAUUGUCGUUGUGUUGAAAUUGUUGGUCAACACGAUCUUGGAGUUGGAAUCACAUUGGGAUCUCAUCAAAGUAUAGGUUUUAAGGCAAUUCUUCUCUUCGGAACACCGGAGCAAAAGGCCAAAUAUCUACCGAGAGUUUGUGCUGGAGACUUUGCAGCUUUCUGCCUGACUGAACCAAGUUGUGGUUCCGAUGCUGGUGCUAUUAAAUCUCGAGCUGUGAAAUCAAUAGACGGAAAGCAUUAUAUUCUCAAUGGAAGUAAAAUUUGGAUUUCAAACGGUGGCCUAGCGAACAUUAUGACAGUAUUUGCCAAGACACCAAUGAAAGACCCAGUGAGUGGCGAGGAAAAGGAAAAAGUUACCGCGUUUAUAGUGGAACGUGGUUUUGGUGGUGUAACUUCUGGACCACCGGAAGACAAAAUGGGAAUUAAAUGCAGCAAUACAACGGAAAUUUUCUUCGAUGAUGUGAAAAUUCCAGUCGAAAAUGUUUUGGUCAAAGAAGGCGAAGGUUUCAAGGUUGCUAUGAAUGUUUUGAAUAACGGAAGAUUUGGAAUGGCUGCUUGUUUAUCAGGAACGCAAAUGGUUUGCAUAAAAAAAGCCGUGGAACACGCGACAAAUCGUGUGCAAUUUGGUAAGACAAUCGAUAACUAUGGAUCGAUUCAGGAGAAACUCGCGAGAAUGUCAAUUUUACAAUACGUUACUCAAUCUCUCGCCUAUAUGAUCUCGGGAAAUAUGGACCAGGGUAGUCAGGAUUAUCAUUUGGAAGCUGCCGUUUCAAAAGUAUUCGCAUCCGAUGCUGCCUGGUGGGUUUGCGACGAAGCAAUUCAAAUUCUCGGUGGAAUGGGCUACAUGAAAUCUGCCGGAUUAGAAAAACUAAUGAGAGAUUUGCGUAUAUUUAGAAUUUUCGAAGGUACUAAUGAUAUUCUUCGUCUUUUUAUCGCUUUGACUGGUAUUCAGUAUGCAGGAGGUCAUCUGAAGGAGCUGCAGAAAGCGUUUAAAAAUCCAACGGCUAAUUUAGGUUUAAUUUUUGAAGAAGCUGCGAAAAGAGCAACAAGAGCUGUGGGUCUAAGUAGUUUACCCAAUUUCACUCAUUUAGUCCAUCCGAGUUUAUCCGAUAGUGCCGCACUUUGUGCAAAGAGUAUAGAAUCGUUCGGUCAAACGAUAGAAUCCUCUCUUAUCAAGUACGGAAAGGGAAUAGUUGAUGAGCAAUUUAUUUUGAAUAGAAUAGCACAAGCUGCGAUUGAUACUUACACGAUGUCAGUGGUAUUGAGUCGAGCAAGUAUGUCUGCGCGUAAAAAUUUACCGAGCGCACAACAUGAAAUUUUAAUGACCCAAACUUGGUGUACUGAGGCAUCGAGUCGAGUUGCUUACAAUUUGAAAAUCAUCAACAGUGGCAAGCAUUUGGAUGUUUUCAAUAAAUUAGGAAAAAUCUCAAAGAAUGUUUGUGAGAAAGGCGGAAUUGCGCACACAAAUCCUCUUAAUUUUUAAAUCUAAUUAAAUAACUAAUUUUAAAUUUUUAACUCGUCCGGUACGAAAGAGAAACUACGUUAAAUUAAAUUUAAAUAUAAACAGUUCUUUACUAAAUAGAGAAAAAAGAAAACUAUUUUUUACAAUUUUUCUUAUCGAACGACAAAAAUUUGUAAUUUUACAUACAAUGAAUUAGAGUAAUGAAAUUAAUUAUGAAUUAAGAUAAUUGUUGAAUAGAAAGUAUUUGUAUAUAUUAUAUUUUUAAAGAUCAACGUUGAUUAUCUUUAAUAUUUUUUACCUUUUCUUUUAAAUUCGAAAUGAUAUUAUAUAGGAAACUAAUUCAAAAAAUAUAUUUUUAAAUUAUACACUUAUACAAUGUUUGUAAAUAAAAAAAUUCUGUAACUGAAUUUCGAAAUCUUUAUUUUUUUUCUUUUCUUACUUAUUUCCAAUCACAGAAUACUAAAAUAAAUGUUUACAUAAUUGAUCAUCACAUGGUUUUAAAAGACGUUUUGUUUUUUACAGCUCUUUUUUUUUAUUAAAGUGAGUUUA